GACCGACGAUUUGGACCAAAAGGAUCUGAUUGGCUGCCACCACUGAUCGCAUCCCAAGACAUCGCUGACACCCCUUAUCUGUCCUCCAAGUCGUUCAUCGAAAUCACAGACAAUAUAAUCGUUGAGCCGACCGACGAUUUGGACCAAAAGGAUCUGAUUGGCUGCCAAUUGGGAUGUGAUUGUGUUGAAGACAAUCGGCGGCCAAAGAGUUGGUGUGAAUGCAGUCAUAAUAGAUGUGGUGUUGACUAUAAUUACGAUACAAACGGUUCACUCAUUGAUUGCUUGAAACCCAUCCACGAGUGCGGAGACAACUGCUUCUGCGGUCGCAAUCCACUGCUGAAGACUCGAUGCGGUAAUCGUUGGACACAGAGAGGGACCAAAUGUGUGACACAACUCUUCGCGGAUCCCCUGAAAGGCUAUUCCGUUCGUACCGUAAAUGAUGUGAAAUUCGGUCAAUUCGUUGUCGAAUAUUGCGGUGAAGUUAUCGACACAUUUGAGGCCAAAAAGAGGUUCCGUUUAUACGCCGAAGACUGCGAUCAACACAACUAUAUUCUCGUAUUUCGUGAACACUUUGGCAGCGAAUCCACGUUUGAGAUCAUAAUCGACGCCAAGUAUUACGGAAACGGCGCCCGAUUUGUGAACCAUAGCUGCGAACCCAAUCUCAUAGCACUUCCGGUGCGAAGCGAUUCGUUGCGCCCAAGGAUUUGCUUAUUCGCCGCCAAAGACAUUGUCGCCGGCACUGAGUUGUCCUAUAAUUACGGCUCCAGCGAUAGCCCACUUAGCGAUAAGAUCUGUUAUUGCGGUUCAGAUUAUUGCAGGGUUGAUUUGAAUCCAACGAAAAGAAUGGCCACAAAUGCCAAAGAAGACGUGGACGACGAGCUAUUAUCUCAGGCGACGUCUCAGGAUCUGAACGAAAGCCAGUCGUCGGACAAGAAGAAGCGGAUCUUCUCGAAGGAACUGCGGUGUAUGAUGUAUGGCUUCGGCGACGAUCACAACCCAUACACAGAGACUGUCGACAUGUUUGAGGAUCUGGUCAUUCAGUUCAUCACAGAUAUAGCGCUGCGAGCGAUGGAAAUGGGGAGACCCGGAAGGGUCGCCGUCGAGGAUAUCAUGCAUUUGGUCCAAAGGGAUGGCCGCAAGUUCUCCAGAGUUAAGGAUUUACUCACUAUGAAUGAAGAGCUUAAGAAAGCCAGGAAAGCGUUCGAUGAGGUGAAGUACGUCCAGUCGGCC